AUGUCGUCCUCUGCCCGACUCUCUGCUCCUGCUCACGAUGCCGAUGCGCGCCCCCGAAACCGUCGGCUAGGAACAGGAGCCGAUGGCUCCUCGAGAUCUACAUCCCUACUAAGGACGUCCGCGAGUCCAUCGUCGAGCAGGGGGGCAAGCCCCAUCCCAACAGCGCGAAUAGGACAGACCUCGAGGUCAUCAAGCAGGGUCGCCCCCACCCGGUCCAACACCGGAGACUCUCCGUUUGGAAAGAGCUGGCUCGACGGGCAGUGGAGCUCUAGUUGGGCGUCUAUUCAAGACUUCACUACAAGCCUGCUGACUGGAGGUGACGGGUCAGGAGAUGGCAACGAAGCACGUAGUAGAGGGGCCAGCCCCCGGAAGCCGAUGCACAGAGCCUCGAGCGGGACUCUUCGAAAGCAGCCCAGUGCGUGGGGGCCAGAGCCGCCUGAAGGCCCUCGCCCGCGGCUUGAGGAUGUCGCAGCGGGAUCAGUGGCAGAGCGGCAGGCAGCCUUCAGGGCGGCGAAGACAGCCAGCGUUCUGGAAAGCCACGAUGGUGUCAACGGUGGGCUCGAUGUGGCAGGCAAGUUCAAGAGACGGAACUCUGAUGAAGACUCGAGAACCAAUACGGUCAACCCGGAGGUAGAGGACCAGCUGGUCUAUAUACACCACACAUCGCCUACUGACACAUACGCGGGCAUCAUCCUGAGGUAUCGAUGUCAGGAGGACGCUUUUAGGAAGGCAAAUGGGCUGUGGUCUCGGGACAACAUACAGGUACGGAAAUGGUUGGCACUCCCGGUAGAUGCAUGUGAGAUGAAAGGGCGGCCUUGCGAUGGCCCUUCAUACUAUGCCAAAGAGGUAGAUCUUCUUGCUACAACACCUUCUGCCGCCACACCAGGGACGUCAUCGGAUGCCACGAGACCAAACUCGGCCCAACCACUCCACGAUGACUUUUUCGCCUCACGGAACGAGCAUGCAGUCGAGGAGCCGAAGGAGGAGGAGGAAAGACCUUGGACACAUGUCAGAUGGGUCAAGCUUGACAAUUGCAAGGACCCAAUCGAGAUCGCAAGGGUUUCGAGGAAGGCCAUGGGCUACUUCCCACCGAGGCGGAAGAAGAGCUUGCGCACAGCCUCCACCUUGAGCACUCCGAGGGGCUCACUCGACGUGCCCAGCAUCACUCUUAGCUCCGAUAUUGUCGAAAGCCCGGGGAGCAUCUCUUCUCGGCGUCACAGCUUACUCGCAAACCGUCCGCAAAUUGGCACCACGUACGCAUCAUCGGCGCCAACACCGUCCCGCAGCAGGGUUGGCAGCGGCAAUGAUGACCUUCGUCCAGCGUGGAUGCGGAGACCGGGCGGUGUAGGAACGUUGAGCAGGAACGUGCGUGCUCCAGGCCCGGAAAAGGACUACUUCAACACCUGGACCAAAAAGCAUCUGCCAGGACUGAACAUCGAGUCGCUCCCCUCCAUGGCAGUCAUGGGAUCUGAAACAGCCAGGUUUGGCUUCACCAAUGACGAGGCGGCUGCCAUUGUCGAGAGCCCUUUUGAAGAGGGCCGCGAUGCCACAUCCGCGACUAAGCAGGGCACCGGACUCGACAAAGCUGCAAUGACUAUCGAGACGUGGCUGCGUGGUGCAUGGGCGAAGAGACCUAACACACCGAUCCUGGGCCCAAGCCGUACUCGGCAGCAUGCCGAUGGGGAGCCAGACCUAAUCGAACUGGAAGAUACCAAUAGCGAGGAUGGCCGGAUUGGAAGCGGUCUGCUCGACCAGGUCAUUCCGGGCCUGCCAAAUCUGGGCAACGGCUCGUCAAGCCGGAGUGACGGGAAUGGAAGUGCUCUCCGGGGCCGCACGCCCCAACGAAGCGACUCUGGAUUUGCCAAGGAUAAGAAGGCGGAUUAG